UUGACAGUUCAGCUCUUCUGUCAGAAUCAAAACAUCGAAUGCUAAACAAAUCAAGUUUGUGUUAAAUGUUUAAAAUUUUUAAUGUUUGCCCCAUCCGCAAAGGAAUUUGAUUGUGACUUCGCUCUUUAUGGAUCAAAGUAAAAAAUUCCUCCAGAACGUGGCCCAUAUCGCUGGCCAAUUGGAUCUCAACCGCUUGGAAAGAACCACGAUGGCCUACAAACGUUUAUGUGUGGAACUGGAGUCCAUGAGCAAUGAGGUGACUCCAGCCGUUACUCCUCCGACUUCGGCUUCUGGUUCUCCGCCGACCGCCGUCUCCCCUAAUGGACUCCGAGCAAGUGCCUCAGAAUUCGUGCCCCAAGUGCCGCUGACCAGUGACCGGAUUCCCAUUGAAUUGGGCAAUGAUGAACAGGAUGAUGAUUCGGAUGACGACGGCUACGAUGAGGAGCGCAAGAGAGCUCCAAAGCCCUCAAUCUACGGCCUCCGGUUUUAUAACCAUCACUACGAGGCCGACGACGUGAGCGAAAAUCAGUUGGAGGCGGAAAAGAAGCGAAAGUUGGGCUAUAGGACUCCAAAGUUUCGGCCAAACCAGCCGACUUGUCGUUCUUCAAAGUCGGAAACGGACUGCAUUCCCACUGCGAAGCCUCCGCCGGAAUUGGCCAAUGGACAGCCACAUUUCAAAGGACCCUACAUGCCACUUCUGCAGCACAGAAUCGCCAACGCAGAGGCCUACGGGCUCAUUCAGGGUUCCGACGAGCGGAACAGCAUGCUCAUGGAUGACAUGGUCAAGCAACUGGCCCGCCUGGACAAAUGUCCCGUCAAUCUGAGUUCACUUUUUCCGAAAAAAGGUGACCCGAAACCAGAACCCUAGAUAGCUCU